UAAUCUGUGAGCUAAUCAGUCCAUACACCAGGUUUUUAGAAAUCUUCUAACUAAUCUGGAAUUCUAUGAUUACUUGUUUCAAAUGUAAUGUCAAUAAAAUAUACAUCAAAAUAUAAAUAAACCAUAAUGUGAAAGGACUGUAUUAUUGAAAAAUAUGAGUCGUAGUCCGAUGAAUAUAAGUGGAAAAUACCCUGUACUUUUAUGAAAUAUGAUUCUAUAGUAUUUACUCAUUUUGAAUUGCAACUGAAUUAUUUUUCUGUACGAAAUGGCUGGUGUUGUUCCUAAAAGAGCAGCAUCUGGAAGGAAACAGUGGACAUUGCAAGAUGGACCAAGAAAUUCUCUCAAAGUAUUGAGAAAUCAAUUAGCAAGUGAGGGAUGCUCAGAAUCUCAGGUAGUUCUAGCAAAGCAGUUAUUAGAUGCAUCACAACAAUAUCAUUCACAUACUGAAAAAAAAGAAAAUGAAUGCCUUGGCGUCUACUGGCUUAUCAAGGCAUCACAACAGGGUAAUGAGGAAGCCACAGACUUACUGAAAACUUGUUUGAAAACAGGCAAAGGAAUUUCAGAACAUAAUUUUCUGGAUGUGAAGUCAUGCAUAAGCAUGACACAAAAUGAGAAACUGACAAGGAAAGCUGCUAGGGAAAUAUUUGCAAGUUUAUCUAAUGGAAGUGAUUAUAUUACUACUGAUCAACUGCAGAAAGAAAUUUUAUCUAUUGAUAAAAACAAAGGGCAUAAAAUAAAUCAAUCAUCUGAAAUUUUAGAGAAUUCUAACAUCCUGAAUGGGGAAUUGUCAAAAAAUGAAGAGGAAAAAUGUGAUUCCGACAGUGAUACUGAUUGGACUAUUAGAUCUGAUUGUUCAAGUUCUAGUGAAAAAUUAACAGAAGAUAAUCUUGUAACAGCAGCCAUAGAUUAUUCCCAAGGGAAUUUACCAUACAUGAGUAAAUCCUUAUGUUUAACUUCCAAUCUACAUUCAUUAGAUAAUAUUCCCUAUGUUUAUAGAUCAAUUUUACAUCCGUGGUUAGUUUUGAAAAUUUUUUACUUGAAAGGUUUGCAGUUUUUCUGCAGAAAGUUUGAUUCCUUCUAUUUCAAAUCGGAAAUUCGUUUGAUAAUUUUGGUAACAGCUUAUUCAUUCUUCAAUGUGGACUCUUCCAUUUAUCUAUUACCCAUAGUACUCUAUUAUAUAACUUAUUUAUAUAUGGUAUUGACAACCUGUCGAAUGUUGCAAAAUCAAAGAGACUUUCAAGAAUAUAGAUUAUGGUCAAAUCUAUUCUUAUGCUACUCUGGUGGUAACUUGAAUGCAGAGCAAGCAGAACAGCAGUAUAUAAGAAAUAAUUUAAAACCAUAUGGCCAGUUCUUCAUAGCAUUAUUAAUGAAUCUCUUCAUAUAUUCAGCUAUUUCAGAACAUUGGACUCCUGAUUCUGAAUUAACAAUGAUUUCAUUCUUUCUCACUUUUCUAACCCUAAUUGGUUUUAUGCCACAAAAAAACUUUAGGAUAUCUUGCGAAGUAACUAUACUUUUAAGUUUUGCCAUCAAUGUUCUGGCAAAAUAUCCUUAUGAUUUGGAUCCCGUUGUUACUCAGGGUUGGAGAUUUAUAGAUCUGAAGAUACCAACAUUUGCAAGUUAUGUCAUUGGAAACGGUAUUGAAUUUUGCCUCAAUUUUAGAUUUUUACUGUAUGCUGCUAUUCCUUUUUUGUUUAUUCAAUUAGCCUCUAAACAAAAUUGGAGAGGUACUUAUAACAUUUUGAUACCACAUUGUGUUACCUUAAGUUGGCUCCAGAUAUGCAUUAUAAGUUCACAAGGGGCUACCAUGUAUGGUCUUUUAAGGGGAGUCUUAGCUUUGGUUGGUGUUGUUAUGUUUUUGCCAUUAGUUGGCUUAACUAGUGUUUUAUUACCAGCGAUAGCUUUGACCAAAUGGCUCAUCACCUCUAAUAUGAUAUUCACAAUCAUAAUUUUCAUUUUGAUAACUUGUGUUGCUUUUAUCAUAUCCUGGCUUUUAGCUCAAAGUCGGUUCAGAAAAUAUACAGCCAUCAUUCAAAUUAUAAUUAUGAUUACAGCUUUAAUAACACUCAUUAACAUUACAAAUCAGAAUGAAAAUAUAAACUACAUGCCGGAAAAUGAGGAACCAAAAUAUGUAUCUUGGGACAUUUAUCGAAAAUUUUGUUAUGAACCUGUUUGGGAGGAUGAAAAUAUUGCCUUAUCUCAGCUAAGUUGUGCUGGACUGGAGAAUUCAUUGAUAUUCUGGGAUGGUUAUAUACAUACCAUAAAAAUAAAGUCUGUCAAAAAUAAUUUGGUAAAACUAUUCAAAAAACUCCCUAAACCCAUUUACCAAUAUCUUAGUUGCUAUUUUGGAGAUGAAAUAUCAAAUUCAAUAUGUGAAAAUUUACAAAAAAAUUUGGAGGAAUGUCAGAUUCUUUACAGUGUGAAGAAGAUUGCUAACAAAUGUACUUUAGAAAAAUUCGAUGAGUAUACAUUUGAAAUUACAAUGAGAAUGAGUGUAGGAAUCUGGGGUAAAACUCCAGAAAUGCUCAUUUUGAACUUGGAUCAUCAUUUUAAAAAUAUAACAAUGCAACUGAAAGCUGGUGAUCAUAUUUGGUUCAAAGGAAAAUUGUUCAAUAAUGAAGUUGUAGGAGCAGAUGGAAUUUUAGGAGGCUAUCAACCUCAUAUUAAUGUAGAAUCCAUAGGGUGCCAUUCAUGUUUUCGUGAAAAUUUGAAAGAAGUUAGUAAAGCCAAAGAUAGUACUGAUGUUUAUGUUUUUCAAUAUUUAUAUGUUGGAUUUAAGUUUAUUUUGAACAUUCUAUUUAAUCCUGUUGUUAUUUUCAAAUAAUUAUAAUAUUAGACUUAUUUCUUAAUUUAAAAAUUCGCUAUUGUUACAUAUUAAUUAGUUGAAAAUAUUUUAUUACUUGUCUAAUAAGUAUUUAAUCAGAUACGUUUUUGUAUCAUAUAAUUUUUUUGUUACAUCAAAUUAAUAUAUUAUAAUUGAAUUUUUCUGUAACUUAAAACAAAAUAAAAAAUAACUAUAUAGUAACGAUUUAUA